AUGCUACCUCACCCUCACUGGAGCUCUCCACUUAAAGUUCGGUGGAGCUCCUGCCGGCCCUGCAGGGACAGGAAAGACUGAAACAACCAAAGAUCUCGGGAAAGCCCUUGCUAUUCAAACAGUUGUGUUCAACUGUAGCGACCAACUGGAUUUCAUGGCGAUGGGGAAAUUCUUCAAGGGUCUUGCGAGCUCGGGGGCUUGGGCUUGCUUUGAUGAGUUCAAUAGGAUUGAUAUUGAGGUGUUAUCAGUAGUUGCCCAACAGAUUGCCACGAUACAAAACGCACAAAGUGCUCGUGCGGAAAGGUUUAUGUUUGAGGGGGUUGAGAUAACAUUGAAGGCGGCGUGUGCUGUGUUUAUAACAAUGAACCCUGGCUACGCUGGAAGGACCGAGUUGCCUGAUAAUUUAAAGGCGUUGUUCCGUCCAGUAGCCAUGAUGGUCCCAGAUUACGCCAUGAUCGCUGAAAUCUCACUUUACAGUUUUGGAUUCAAUAAUGCAAAGCACUUGUCCAAGAAGAUAGUCAGCACGUUCAAGCUUUCAUCUGAACAACUCAGUUCACAAGACCAUUAUGACUUUGGGAUGAGGGCCGUGAAGACUGUCAUAUCUGCUGCAGGCAACUUGAAGCGUGAACAUCCGGACAUGGAUGAGGAGGUGAUUU